AUGGGAGAAGAGUCUUCGAGCAGCAGUCAUCAUUCAAACAGCUCUAGAAAUCGCCAUCUGUCAUCAAGUCAUCGCGAUAAUCGGAGAAGUGGCAUAAACAGAGAAAGCAGUUCAAGCAGGUACAGACACAGAAGCAGCAGUGGCAGCAGCUGGAGAAGAGAAGAAGAUUACGACAGGAAGAGAAGAAAGCAUAGCACAGACAAGAGCAGCUCAAGAUCCCGGGCCAGAACUGGAGAUCUGCAAUUGGAAGAAAGUAGAAGAGAAGUAUUUGAAGAAAAAUAUAGAGCAAAACAGCCGCAAAGUCUCAAUAGAUUUAUCGGUAGUUCUUCCAAACCACAACCGGAAACACCAGGUCCAAAGCAGGAGAAAGAGGAGGAGGAUCCGAUUUCUAAUGAUGGAGAAAUAUUCGCUGGGGAAUUAGCUAUUGAAGCUGCAGAAGGAAAUAGAACAAUACCCGAGGAUGAACCUCCAAAAGUCGAGGAAUUCAAGAAUCCAUUGAAAGUAUCGUACGAAUUCGGUGAUUCAGGAAGCUCAUAUAGAAUGAGGAAGCUUAAAAGAUGUCAUACUGAAGCUGAAGAUUCUAAUAUUGCAGUUAGUGAACUAGCCAACAAAAGAUACCCAGGUUUAUUGGAUUUCAAUAUUGCACAGGAAGAAGAUUCUGAAUUACGAAAAAAAGAGGCUGAUACAGGCUAUGAAAUUAGAAGAAAGCCAAUAGGCGAAUUCAUAGAUAAGAAAGACUUGAUACGUAUCAAGCUCACCCAGGCUAAAUUGGAUCGUCUGGCAAUGCAAAAGGAAAAUGAAAAAGAAGAGGCAAAGGCACAAGAGGCACUGAUUUCUCAAGCUGAUCUAAAUGUAUUGAAAGCAGAUUUGUUACGUGCGAAACUUAAACGAGAUGAUACAGCUUUCAAAGAAUUGGAGAAAAAAUAUGACGAACUAGAACAGAAAUUCAAGCGACAACAGAUGGUAGAAUCGCAACAGGUACCGAAUAACGAUGGCUUGAAAGAUAUGACAGCUCAAGAGUUACUAUUACAAGAACAGCUUACCAGCGCAUCGGACUAUGAUAUCUCGAAUUACAAAUCUAUUGCUAAAGAUUCCAAGUAUGUCAACGAUUUAGAAUACACUGAAGAGGCCCUGUCCAAACUUUCUGGAGUUGGCUCAAAAUCAAAUAAUACAUUUAGCAUAAACACGAACCUCCAGGAUGUCAUAAAACAAAAGAAUCAGAAACACGGUCCUUGCAUUUACUGUUUAGCAAACGAUAUCCACAUCAACAACAACUUGGCAGUAUCAAUUGGGGAGCAUUGCUAUGUGGCAUUGAAUUCCCCUCACGUAAACUUGAUUCCUGAAGCACCUGAAUCAUUGAUGAUUUUGCCAAUAACUCACCAAAGAAACUAUUUGUAUGUGAUGAAGAAUUCUGGCGAAGCAGAAAAAGAGUUUAGAGGAUACAUGAAUGCUAUUCGUGAUUACUACAAAAGCCUUGGAUUUGAUUGCCUAUUCUAUGAAACCUGCCGAGGAAAAAAUAGUCAUUGUAUGGUUAAGUCUGUGGCAAUCCCGUCAAGCUUGACUAGGGCCAUGAAAGGCUAUUUCAAAAAUGAGAUAAUGUCAAUGAGUGGGAGCAGUGCUAGUGAGACUGAUGGAAAGGAGUUUAAUGACGAUGGAGUUGGAAACACUGCAUUAUUGAAUGAUUUGACUGCAACCCACAAGAUCUUGAUUGAUACUGAUCCAAUUAGUAAUGAAUCAAAGAAGAGUUUUAAAGAAUUAAUCGCCAAAGAAUCUGACUAUUUCCAUGUGUGGUUCGAUUCAGUAGGGGGAUACGGACAUAUAAUUGAAGGAGAGGGUUCACGUUGGCCGGCCAAUGAUGACUUGAUUGUGAGAAGAGUGAUUGGGGGAAUGAUUGGUAAAGAUCAAUUCGAAGUAGAGAAUAACGGGAUGUUCAAUGGCCGGAAGAAAUUUCAUUGGAACUUUAUUACAGGUGGAACAAGAAAUUACAAAGAAGAUGAGAUUGGUGGAGAAGGUAAAGAAUUAGAUGUAACCCAACAAAAUCUCGUUGACAAAGUGAAUGAGAAGUGGUUAGAGUUUGAUCCAACGUUGAAAGAUGAAAGCGAAUAG